UGGGGUUUGGCUCGGCGCUCGCCCGCUUCCCCGGCCGCUCCAUGCUCAAUGCUGCGGCCGCGGGGCUGCUGCGGGACUUGCGCACCUCGGGGCUACCGCGCACGGCGCAUCGCGGCCCGGGAAGGCAGGCAGAGCCCGCGGAGCUCCGGCAUGUGCCCCCGCCCCUGUGCCCAGGUAGUGGAAGUCUGACUGAGGUCUACAUGUCAUGCUCUGCAGAAGAUUGAAAGCUGCCUGAUUUUUCCAAGGAGCCUCCUUGUCUUCUGCACUUCAACUCCUCUCCUCUGACCCCAGAAGGUGAAGAUGAGGUUGCUAUGGGAGAUGCUCGUGCUGCAGUCGUUCAUGGUGUGCCUUGCAGAUGACAGCACGCUGCACGGGCCGGUUUUCCUGCAGGAGCCCAACAGCAUGAUCUUCCCCUUGGAUUCAGAGGAAAAGAAAGUCAAGCUGAGCUGUGAAGUGAAAGGAAAUCCCAGACCAACCAUUGGGUGGAGGUUAAAUGGAACCAGUAUCGACAUCGGUAUGGAUUACCGCUACAGCGUGGUGGAAGGCAACCUGUUGAUCAAUAAUCCCAAUAAAACCCAAGAUCCUGGAACAUACCAGUGUGUAGCAACAAACCCCUUUGGAACCAUUGUCAGCAGAGAAGCAAAGCUACAGUUUGCUUAUCUGGAGAACUUCAAAACCAGGACGAGAAGCACAGUGUCUGUUCGUCAAGGCCAAGGCAUGGUGCUGCUCUGUGGACCACCACCCCAUUCUGGAGAGCUCACCUAUGCCUGGAUCUUCAACGAGUACCCAAGCUUCGUUCACCAGGACAAUCGCCGCUUCGUGUCGCAGGAGACUGGCAACCUCUACAUCGCCAAGGUGGAGGCUUCAGACGUGGGCAACUACACCUGUGUGGUGACCAACACAGUGACCAACAGCAGAGUCCUGGGUCCCCCCACCCCACUCAUCCUCAGGAAUGAUGGGGUGAUGGGAGAGUAUGAGCCGAAAAUAGAAGUGCAGUUCCCAGAAACAGUUCCAUCUGCCAAAGGCACCACGGUGAAACUGGAAUGCUUUGCCUUGGGGAACCCUGUUCCUACCAUUAGCUGGAGGAGAGCAGAUGGGAAACAGAUACCCAGAAAAGCCAGGAGGCACAGAUCAAGUGGACUUCUUGAAAUCCCAAACUUUCAGCAAGAAGAUGCUGGACUCUAUGAGUGUGUGGCUGAAAACGUGAGGGGGAAGAACGUGGCACGAGGGCAGCUGACGUUCUAUGCUCAGCCCAGCUGGAUCCAGAAGCCGAGUGAUGUGCAUGCAGCCAUGGAGGAGAGCGUGGCCUGGGAGUGCCGAGCCAGCGGCCGGCCCAAGCCCUCCUACCGCUGGCUGAAGGACGGCGACCCCCUGCUGCCACAGGGCAGGGUUCAGCUGGAGCAGGGUUCGCUCACCAUAAGCAACGUCAGCCUGGCAGACGCUGGCAUGUACCAGUGCGUGGCAGAAAACAGACAUGGCAUCAUCUUUGCCAGUGCAGAACUAAGUGUCAUAGCUGUGGGUCCAGACUUCUCCAAAACUCUCCUGAAGAAGUUAACUCUGGUUAAAGUGGGUGGUGAAGUCAUCAUCGAGUGCAAGCCAAAAGCUUCCCCCAGACCUACUUAUUCUUGGAAGAAAGGAAAAGACAUCCUGAGAGAAAAUGAAAGAGUCAGUGUUCUGGAGGACGGGAGCCUGCGGAUUGUCAACGUCACCAAAUCGGACGCGGGAAGCUACACCUGCGUGGCCACCAACCACUUUGGGACAGCAAGCAGCACGGGCAGCUUGGUGGUGAAAGAUCCAACGCGGGUUAUGGUGUCCCCUUUCAGCAUGGAUGUCACAGUUGGAGAGAGCAUUGUCCUGCCUUGCCAGGUGUCUCACGACCACUCCCUAGACAUCAUGUUCACCUGGUCAUUUAAUGGACACCUGAUAGACUUUGAAAAGGAUGGGGAUCACUUUGAAAGAGUUGGAGGACAGGAUUCAGCUGGUGAUUUGAUGAUCAGAAGCAUCCAGCUGAAGCAUGCUGGGAAGUAUGUCUGCAUGGUGCAAACAAGUGUGGACAAGCUAUCAGCUGCUGCAGACCUGAUUGUAAGAGGUCCCCCAGGUCCCCCAGAAGCUGUGACCAUAGAUGAAAUCACCGACACCACGGCCCAGCUGUCCUGGAGGCCAGGAGCAGACAACCACAGCCCUAUCACCAUGUAUGUGGUCCAGGCAAGGACCCCCUUCUCCGUGGGAUGGCAAGCAGUGAGCACAGUUCCAGAGGUCAUCGAUGGCAGGACCUUCACUGCCACGGUGGUGGGGCUGAACCCUUGGGUGGAGUAUGAGUUCCGAGUAGUGGCUGCCAACCUGAUUGGGAUUGGAGAACCCAGCAGGCCUUCAGAGAAGAGAAGAACCGAGGAAGCUCUUCCAGAAGUGACUCCAGCUAAUGUGAGUGGAGGUGGAGGAAGCAAGUCUGAGCUGGUCAUUACGUGGGAGACCGUGCCCGAGGAGCUGCAGAACGGCGGCGGCUUCGGCUACGUGGUGGCCUUCCGCCCCUUCGGCACCGUCAGCUGGAUGCAGACCGUGGUGGCCUCGCCGGACGCCGCCAGAUACGUCUUCCGCAACGAGAGCUUGCCGCCCUUCUCCCCCUACGAGGUCAAAGUGGGGGUGUACAACAACAAGGGGGAGGGCUCCUUCAGCCCCGUCACCGUCGUCUACUCAGCAGAAGAAGAGCCAACAAAAGCCCCAACCACUGUUCUGGCCAGAAGUCUUUCUGCCUCAGAUGUUGAAGUUUCUUGGGCACCCCCCUGGGAGAGCCAGCACAAAGGAAGGAUACAGGGAUAUGAGGUCAGGUGCUGGAGACACGACGAGCAGGAAGAGAACGCCAAGAGGAUCCGGACGGUUGGCAACCAAACGUCCACCAGGGUCAGCAACCUGCGUGGCAAUGCCCUCUACCACCUGGCAGUCAGGGCCUACAACACAGCUGGCACUGGCCCCUCCAGCGCCGCCGUCAACGUCACCACCAGGAAGCCACCACCGAGCCAGCCCCCUGGGAACAUCAUCUGGAACUCAUCUGACUCCAAGAUCAUACUCAACUGGGACCAGGUGAAGGCCCUGGACAACGAGUCAGAAGUGAGGGGCUACAAAGUCCUCUACAGGUGGAGCAAGCAGAGCAGCACAUCUGUGAUAGAAACCAACAGGACCUCAGUGGAGCUCUCAUUGCCAUUUGAGGAGGACUACAUCAUCGAGAUCAAGCCCAUCAGCGAUGGCGGCGACGGCAGCAGCAGCGAGCAAAUCCGCAUCCCAAAGAUCUCCAAUGCUUACGCCAGAGGCUCUGGCUCCUCGACCUCCAGCGCCUGCACCUUGUCAGCCAUCAGCACCAUAAUGCUCUCGCUCACAGCUCGCUCCAGUUUAUGACAAACAAGAAGAGGGAGAGAGAAAAAGACAGAGAACUUCUUGUUUAUAGAAUAUAAAGCAACAUUUAGCUAGUUGUUUUCUUGAAGACACCCAGCACUAGGUAAUAUUGUGGUCUGAGUCCAUCUUACUACUGGCAAAGAAAAGAAAUACACAGAGAGAGACAGAGAGAGAGAGAGGAAAAAAAACCACACAAAAAACCAACCACACAAGAAAAACCACACA